AUGGAGCCCUCCAAUCAGCGCGUCCCGUGGGGCAGUAAGCGCGUUCCCGGCAGCCGCCAGUCGCCCGCCAAGAAUACCCGCGCCGUCCAUCGCCCAUCAUCGGCGCCGCAAGCUUCCCCGUCCAAGGCCGCUGCUACUGCUCAUCGUCAGUCGCAGGAUCUCCGCCAGGGUGCAGUUCGCGGCACGCGCAGUAUAUCCAAUCAGGAGAUUGUCUCUGCCUUUGAUUGGGAGGCCUUGACCCUGGAGAAAGCCAAAGACUCGGUUGCAAUCCCGGCCAAGGGUAAAAAGAAGACGCAGCCGAAGAAGCAAGGCAAGGCAUUUCCUCCUGGAGAGCCGCCCCAGUCGUCUUCCAGGAUGUCGCGCAACCGCCCCAGGGGCCCUCCCAUGCCCAGGGAUAAUGGCCUGGCUGCCAAUGAAGAAACAGACAUGUGGAACAAGAUUCUACAAGAUCUGCGCAAGGCCAAGGAGAAGAACGAUAAGCAAAAGCUCAUCGGGGACCAGAUCCACGUACUGAACGAGAAGAUUGGGAAGGACGGUGGGAAGCCUACGCUCAGCGAGCAUAACCAACUGGAUGCUCUCUACCGUCAGAUGGCCAAGCUCUGCGAAGAUGAACGAGCCAUCCUCCAGGAUGAACCGAGCGACGUGAUCAAAAAUCUGGGACUUUUGACCGCUCUCCGUCAAGCUUCCGAAAUGGAAGCACCGCUCAAUCGCGCUUCUGCUCUGGGCAAGUCCCGCAAGAAGAGGAACGAUGUCGAUGGAUCGGCCACCGAUUCGCCUGGCCCGUCCGGUCCGUCUUUUUCAGAUAAGGCGAACCGCAAGGGCGGUGUCCAGCGCAGUACCAGCGUCUCGAGCGCGCAGGCCCGGGACGGCCGAGAAAGUCGAGAGAGCGUGCACGUCAAAGUCGAAGAAGGAGCAGAGAGUACCAAGGGCAUGGUGGCCGAGCGCACGGGGCAGUUGACCAUGGGCGCCGAAGUUGUCUUCAAACAUAACAAAAACAAACAAGGUGUGGAAGGCGAGGGCAUCCAGUGCAUUAUCAAGUCUAUCACGGGCGAGGGAAAUAAGAAACGGUAUGACGUUCAGGAUCCCGAGCCGAAUGAGAACGGCGAGCAGGGCGCUGUCUACAAAACUACAGCCGUCUCACUGAUCCCCAUUCCGAGAGUCGGGACGGCGUUGCCCUCCUUCAGCGUGGGCAAGCAGGUCCUGGCGCGGUACCCUGAUACGACCACGUUCUACCGUGCGGAAGUCAUGGGAUCCAGGAAGGAUACCUACCGUCUUAAGUUCGAAGGCGAGGAAGACGACAAGGAAAUGGAAGUCGACCGUCGGUUUGUCCUCGACAUCCCCGGUAAAUGA